AGGAAAAUACAACCGAUGUAGGGCCAGCUGAAAGAAGAUAAGACGGGGGUGAAAAUAAGAAGAAACAAAAAUCAACCCCCCAACAAUUACAAUAUGAGAAGAAAUAGGGUCCAGAUAAGAAACACUGGAAUAUCAGGACACAUCUCUAACAGCAAAAACACGACAAAAAUCAGGAACACGUAGGAAAAGAAAUACGAAAGAAUAAACAUCAGGUCGGCAGGAGCUAGCACGAGGGAAGCUAGAGAUGAAAACAGGGUCCGAGCUGAUUGGUCAAUGUAAAGAAGCAGAUUCCACAAAGAAUGGAAGAGGUCAAACCUUGAUGUCUCAGGUACAACGGCCACCGGUGCUGGUUGGAAUCCCCCUAGCGGUGGUCACUACAACAACUGACCAUACAAGUUUAACCGAUAGGCUAACUCCUAGUCUUUCGGCCGGAGAACCGUCUGCCAGCGCAGGGAAUGGAUCGGAUAGUAAUAGCACCCCGGGCCCACAAACGAGUCCCAAGGGCCGGGAUAGUCAUUCUAGGGAUAAAAUAUUCGUGUGUAGCGUUUGUAACCGUUGUUUUGGUUAUAAACACGUGCUUCAAAAUCACGAACGCACGCACACAGGCGAGAAGCCGUUCGAGUGUAAAGAAUGCCAUAAACGGUUCACUCGUGACCAUCAUCUCAAAACUCACAUGAGGCUACACACGGGGGAAAAACCCUAUCAUUGUACGCACUGUGAAAGGCAGUUUGUCCAAGUGGCCAAUUUACGUCGCCAUCUUCGCGUCCAUACGGGUGAGCGUCCUUACGCUUGUGAACUCUGUUCUUCGAAGUUUUCAGAUAGCAACCAACUGAAGGCCCAUAUGCUCAUUCAUAAAGGAGAAAAACCAUUCCAAUGCACAAAAUGUCUGGGUCACUUUCGCCGCAGACACCAUCUCGUGCAUCAUAAAUGUCCGAAAGACGAAAUGAACAUCGGUAAACCACGACGAGGUCGUCGUCCGAAAGCGUACGACCAGUUUCCAUUAGUCGUUCCACUGACCACCGAUCAACAACCUUUACUUCCAAGUACCGUUGCUGCCUCAAUCAUCUCGCCGGACCCUCUUGCUGCGGGAAGUAGCCACGAUCCUGGGCCGCCAGCAGUGCCUAGAACAGCAUCGCAAUCACGUCGCAAGCCUCGUCACACAAUACGGAUUCUAACGCCCCAGCAGAGAGAACUGUUCCUUCGAGACCAAGAAACAGUGCAGACCCAAGCGAUAGACAUGAGUAUCUCUCCUUCGGUGGACAAUCCAUUGGCCAUCCUCAUGCCUCGAACGUUUAAUUCACCCUCCAUUUAUGAAGGAGUUCUAGACCUCUCUAGUUCACGGAGUGAUUCGGAUGCAGAAGCCAUUGAAGAGGAAGGCGAGGAGUCCGAGAGUGAUAGUGAGGUUCCCAUACCUUGGAGAAAGGAAACGUUAACUUUUUAUCCGGAGGCUUACAGGUCGUGGCAGUUAAAGAGCGUUAAUGAAGUAGACAAAAGCGAGAAUGAACUGCAUGGAAAUCAAAUUGAAUAUGAAGACAGUUGUGUUGAACCUUUGGAACUGACAAAAGCUUCUUAGAAUACAAAAUUUUGUUCCUAUUUUUUGAAAGAACAUCGCUCCUAUAUAUAUAUAUAUAUAUCUGUUUUGUCGCGUUUAUAUUAAUAAGCUACCUCAAAAAAAAAAAAAAAUGGCGAUUUGGUAAUUGCCUACAAUUGCAGUGAAGCUCAGAAUUGGUGGGAGUUUGGAAUUAAGUUACUUUAAAAAGACAAAAAAAAAAGCUGUGGGGGUUCACAGAGUAUAUUUACUUGCAGCUUAAUUUGGUGAUACAAAAACAGUUCGUAUGUUACACAGAUAUUUAGGGAGAAAAUACUGAAAUAUCUUACGAUUAAGAUGCGUCUUCUAUUGACGAGUUACUAGAGAAGUCAUUUAGAAGAAGUAUCUGGCAUUCUGUUUUAAAAUAAAAAGGUAAAAAGCUUUACUGUAUCCAGUGGGAAUAAUCAAAUCGCUAUGAAUAUGAAAGCCAGAUCAAAUUACUGAGGCCCAAAGAGUUUUUCGUGUUAAAUAUUGUGAUAAGUUUUAAUUUCAUCAUUUAAUGUCCUUUAAAGGCUGAAAAAAAAACAACAACCAACAGCAACGUCGAAUCGGUUCUUAGUUGCUAUCACUAGGGUUGUAUCACUGUCUCAUUUAGUUUUUCGAACAGGACAGUAAUAUUAACCUGAAGCUACCUCGGAGCCACACAGUUCGUGGCCCAGCUGCUCAUUUGAUGAUGUUUAAAUCGUUUUUGUAGUCAGUACUUAGCUACCUCAUUCAAGUCAGUUAAUCAGUAUUUAAAGACUAUACGGUUUAAGACUUUUAAUAUUUAGAAAUUGAUAUACCACAUUCAUCUCCUCUGUAGCUUCUCGUAAAAAUGGAGAUGUUUAAAAUAGGGCAACGUAAGAGUUCGCUGUGUUUUAGUAAACGUUAUAGUUGACGGGUUUUUUUCCAAUCAAAUAAUGGUAUCACAGUGUCAGUCAUCGUGUUGACUUGUGUGGUAAAGAUUAUGUGUUAGAUUUGUGAGCUUGUCAGUGGUAUAUGAAACAUGUUUUUCCUGAGAAUAAUAUAUUAUGUAAUGUAUAGGGUGAAAACAUGUUACUUAAUGCCAAAAAAAAAUCAUAUAAUUGUAAAUAAUUUCUUCAGGUGAUAUUGAUGUCCACGUUUUUGCUUGGCCCCAUUCUGGUUGUUUGUAUUAUAGGAGAAUUAUAUAACCACCACAAGGGGGAGUGCUGGUUCAGAAUGAGACUAACCAACCGUAAUUACACGCGACAUUGCCGAAGCUCUAUUGCAACUGACUAUUUUCAUUUGUUAUCAGACGUAAAUUUAUGUUGACUUUUGUUAAAUACCUGACUUUGAAGAAAUAACAGAAGAACCCCCCAGUGGCACAGCGGUAUUGUCUGUGGACUUAACACCGCUAGAAACCGGGUUUCGAUACCCGUGGAGGGGAGAGCUUUGUGCUUAAUAACAAACAACAACCAUAACAGAAGAAAAAAAAACGUUGGCCAAAGUUAUUGUAGUUACACAAGAGUUGACUUCUGGUGGAAAAAAAAAAUAGUAAAGGUUAGUUCUUACUUUUACGGGUGCCUCAAAUAUAUUCUCAUAUAUAUAUAUAACUUUCUGUUGUUUUUUUUAAACUCAAUUUGAUCUAAAUCUAUCGUUUUAUUACCGUCGAAAGUUUGUUACUCUGUUAACACUCGUUUGUAAAUGCGCGAGUCACUGACUACUGAUAAUAUAUAUAUAUAUUUAACAUUUCCAAAUAAUCCGCCAAUACGUGAUUAUGAUAUUAAACUUGUAUCUAAAAAAAAAAAGCAAGUUUUAUUUGAUGCAAACCCACUACAAUAGAGAAGUGGGGGUAGUGGAAAGUUUCGUAUCAAGUCACGUUGGUAGAACUAGCCCCUGGCGGAGUAUUUUAGAACUUCGGUAUGGAUUUGAAAAAAGUAUGAUCGAUUUUUUUGUGUGUGCGUGUGUGUAUUUUAUUUUCUUUUCCUUCUCUACGUGAACGACCGUAGUGGUGGGGGUGGUGGUGGAAGAGAGUGGGGUUUGAGAUACGGGGAAGUGCGUUAAAUGUGCGUAUCUCUACCCAAACGAUUACAUCACGAACCUAAGUUGUGUUUCUGAAAUUGAUUAUUAUUUUUAAAACUGAAGGAUGUGUUUUUUGUUUUUUUUGCUAUUCUUUAGGAAAAUAUCGGUUCCGAAAUAGGCUUUAAUCUAUAUAAUUUUCAUAACUCAAGCCGAAUAAGAACAAGAACAUAUGUAUUCGUAGUUAAUGAACGUAGAGUUGUUCAUCAUAAAUGGUGGUUAGGGUGCUCGACUCGCAAUCAGAGGGGCGCGGGUUCGAAUCCCCGUCACACCAAACAUG